UUGGAGCCGGAUCGCAACCGCAAAAUGUCAACUACUUCAGAUUCGUUUUCUCUACCUUCUUCCUUCACACAUCUCUCAGCCAGAGCUUCCUCCUUUCCCUCCAGAUCCAGUUAUGAUUAGAUCUUUUGUAAAGAUCCAAUAUUGGGGCCGCUAAGUUUGUGAAGGAGAUGGGGCUCAAUUAUCGAGCUGCACUUAGCAAUAUCAUCAAUUUCAAAAGAGAGGCUUUUGGCUUUCAGAGAAGACGCAAGUUGAUUGAAGGUUGGGUGGCCAAACCAAUAUGGAAGCAGGCUGACCCUCGAUUUGUAUGGAACAAAAAUCUUUUGGAUGAACUUAUCGAGUUCAAGGUAAGAUUUUCCUACUGUAAGGUACGAUUAGUUCAAGGUCCAAAUUAUGUCGUUUCAGUUCCUUUAGUGUACGAGACACUUUACAGGGGGAUCCAGAAACAGAUUUCUACAAGUUCUAAAGCUCGUAAGCUUAUUGCACUUUCAUUCCUAAGGAUCAGUUUGGCAUACAUGGAGUUUAAGAGAAUUUAUGAGGUUGAAUUACUAUGCAUUUUUCGUAAGCUUAUUGCACUUUCAUUCCUACAAUGA